ACUUUGAUUUCGUCAGUAUACAAUCUAAGACUGUAGCGUUUGUCUAUAUAUACUACUAAUAAUGCCUUUCUUUACUUCUCAUCUUAAAUUCCCAGUUAUACUUUGAAUCCUGUAAGGCCAGCCAACAUGGGGUUUACACCACCGUGCCUCUCUCAAUCUCUCUUUUUCAUUCUGUUUCUCUUCCAUUUCCACUCAACAAUUUCAUCUCCACUCUCCUCGAAUUACCAAUCUCUUUCUCUCCUUCAAUUCAAACAAUCCUUCUCCAUUGAUAGUUCUGCUUCAUCAGAGUACUGUCAAUAUCCCUUGCCAAAAACAGAGUCAUGGAAAGAGGGUACAGACUGCUGCUUGUGGGAUGGGGUCACUUGUGACCUGAAAACCGGGCAUGUCACUGGACUGGACCUCUCUUGCAGCAUGCUUUACGGCACCCUCCUUCCCAAUAAUUCUCUCUUCUCUCUCCAUCAUCUUCAACAGCUCGACCUCUCUUUCAAUGAUUUCAACACCUCCCAUAUUUCUUCUCGAUUUGGCCAGUUCUCCAAUCUAACACAUCUUAACCUAAGUGGUUCAGAUCUUGCAGGCCAAGUUCCGUCAGAAAUCUCUCACCUCUCCAAAAUGGUUUCACUUGAUCUCUCUUGGAACUACGAUCUAAGUCUAGAACCACUUUGUUUUGACAAGCUUGUUCGAAACCUAACCAAGCUUAGAGAACUCCAUCUGAGUUGGGUAAACAUGUCACUAGUUGUUCCUGAUUCCUUGAUGAAUCUGUCUUCUUCUCUGUCAUCACUUGAAGUCCUCGACUGUGGAUUGCAAGGAAAACUCCCAUCCUCAAUGGGGAAAUUUAAGCACCUCCAGUACUUGGAUCUUGGAGGGAACAAUCUUACUAGUCCAAUUCCAUAUGAUUUUGAGCAACUCACUGAGUUGGUUUCACUUGAUCUCUCUGGAAACGGCUAUCUAAGUCUAGAACCAAUUUCCUUUGACAAGCUUGUUCGAAACCUAACCAAGCUUAGAGAACUCGAUCUGAGUUCGGUAGACAUGUCACUACUUGUUCCCGAUUCCUUGAUGAAUCUGUCUUCUUCUCUGUCAUCACUCAAACUCAUUGACUGUAGAUUGCAAGGAAAACUCCCAUCCUUAAUGGGGAAAUUUAAGCACCUCCAGUACUUGCGUCUUCGAGGGAACAAUCUUACUGGUUCAAUUCCAUGUGAUUUUGAGCAACUCAUAGAGUUGGUUUCACUUGAUCUCUCUGAAAACUUCUAUCUAAGUCCAGAACCAAUUUGUUUUGACAAGCUUGUUCGAAACUUAACCAAGCUUAGAGAACUCAAUUUGGCUUCUGUAAAUAUGUCUUUGGUUGCACCUAAUUCCUUGACCAAUCUGUCCUCUUCUUUGUCAUCUCUCUCCCUCGGUAAGUGUGGAUUGCAGGGGAAAUUCCCGGGUAACAUCUUUCUCCUCCCAAACCUUGAAUUUCUCUAUUUGUCAAACAACGAAGGCCUUACUGGCUCUUUUCCUUCGUCCAAUUUGAGUAAUGUCCUCUUUCUGUUGGGUCUUUCUAAUACAAGAAUUUCAGUUUAUUUAGAAAACGACUUAAUCAGUAAUCUAAAGUCAUUAGAAUAUAUGUCUCUUCGUAAUUGUAACAUUAUAAGGUCAGAUCUGGCUCUGCUUGGUAAUCUCACACAGCUCACCUAUUUAGAUCUCUCAAGUAACAAUUUUAUAGGUGAGAUCUCAUCAUCAAUUGGAAACAAUACCUUUUCAAAUUUAAAAUAUCUAUUAUUAUUUGAUAACUUGUUCAAUGGAACAAUACCAUCCUUUUUGUUUGCUCUUCCCUCUUUACAAUUUCUUAACCUUCAUAACAAUAAUCUCAUAGGCAAUAUAAGUGAAUUCCAACACCAUUCAUUGGUAAACCUUGAUUUGAGCAGUAACCACUUGCAUGGUACAAUCCCAAGUUCAAUUUUCAAACAAGAGAACUUGGAAGCCCUCAUUCUUGUGUCCAAUAGUAAAUUGACAGGUGAGAUUUCUUCUUCUAUUUGCAAGCUGAGAUCCCUUGAGGUCCUAGACUUGUCCGACAACAGCUUGAGUGGUUCUAUACCAUUAUGUUUGGGGAACUUCAGCAGCAAGCUCUCAGUAUUGCAUCUAGGCAUGAACAAUCUUCAAGGCACUAUCCCUUCAACAUUUUCAAAGGGUAAUAGCUUGGAAUAUCUCGACCUCAAUGGAAAUGAAUUAGAAGGGGAAAUAUCACCAUCUAUCAUCAACUGCACAAUGUUGGAAGUUCUUGAUCUUGGCAACAAUAAGAUUGAGGAUACAUUUCCUUAUUUUCUAGAAACGCUUCCGGAGCUGCAAAUUCUAAUUCUAAAAUCCAAUAACCUCCAAGGUUUUGUGAAGGGUCCGACUGCAGAUAAUUCCUUCUUUAAAUUAUGGAUUUUUGACAUCUCUGACAAUAAUUUUAGUGGGCCGUUGCCAACAGGGUAUUUUAAUACUCUUGAAGCAAUGAUGAUCUCAGAUCAAAACAUGAUUUACCUUAACACGACAAAUGACAUUGUCUGUGUUCAUUCCAUAGAAAUGACAUGGAAAGGUGUAGAAAUUGAGUUUCCGAAGAUCCGAAGUACCAUCAGAGUACUAGAUUUGUCAAAUAACAGUUUUACUGGAGAGAUUCCAAAGGUGAUCGGAAAGCUUAAAGCACUACAACAACUCAACCUCUCUCAUAAUUUCCUUACAGGUCAUAUCCAAUCAUCAUUGGGAAAUUUGACCAAUUUGGAAUCAUUAGACCUAUCUUCAAAUUUGCUUACCGGAAGGAUUCCAAUGCAGAUGGCACAUCUAACAUUUCUUGCAACCCUAAACCUUUCACAUAACCAGCUGGAGGGGCCCAUACCAAGUGGAGAGCAAUUCAACACCUUUGAUGCAAGAUCAUUUGAAGGAAACUCGGGUUUAUGUGGCUUUCAAGUACUAAAAGAAUGCUACGGUGACGAGGCACCAUCAUUGCCGCCAUCAAGCUUUAAUGAAGGAGAUGAUUCAACAUUGUUUGGAGAAGGAUUUGGAUGGAAAGCUGUGACAAUAGGGUAUGGAUGCGGGUUUCUGUUUGGAGUUGCAACGGGAUACGUUGUGUUUAGAACAAAUAAACCUUCAUGGUUACUUAGGAUGGUUGAAGAUAUAUGGAAUCUCAAGAGCAAAAACACGAAGAAGAAUUUCCGCAGAUAUGGUGCUAGAAGAAACUAAAUAAUUCAAUUGAUAUUUUCAAUACAAACAAGAUAUCAAGUGGAUUUGACAUUGAAACAACACCAGGGUGGCAUAUUCCCUUUACUUUUUUCUCUCUUUUUUUAGUUUCAAGGUUAAUUGGGUGUUUCUUUUAUGAAAACGAAUCCAUGUAUGUAACACAGGUUUGUGUUAACUAUAAAAUCAUUUAUGUUUUGGGUCCUA